UCUUCUUCGUCGUCGUCUUCUUCUUCUUAUAAGCCACUGCACACUUCAAUAAGCAAAAACCUUCCUUAAACCCACCAUUAAAGCUUUUUUGUUCUCUCCAAUGUCAAAGGCGCCGCCUUUCCUCCUCCUUUUGGCCUUCCUCUCCCUCUCGGCCCUGUUGCCAUCUCUUUCCGCCCGCCCCGUCACCUCCGGGGACGUCCUCGUCGGUGGCGGCCGCUCCUUCCGGGAGCUCCUCCGCAGCGAGGGCCUCCCCGGCGGCCUCUUCCCCAGGGGCGUCGAGUACUUCUCCCUCGACCUCUCCUCCGGCCUCCUCGAGGUCCGCCUCCGCGGCCCCUGCUACGCCCGCUACGACGACAACCUCACCUACUUCGAACGCGUCGUGAGGGGCAAGCUCAGCUACGGCGAGCUCACCAACGUCGUCGGGUGGUCAGAGGAGGAGCUCUUCCUUUGGCUCCCCGUCAAGGGCAUCCUCGUCUCCGAUCCCUCCUCCGGCGUCGUCCUCGUCGACAUCGCCCUCGCGCACAAGGAGCUGGCGGCUUCGGUGUUCGAGGAACCGCCGGAGUGCCGCCCGGACGCCGGCGUCGCAGAAGGUGAAGGCGCUGAUAGAAAUCGGAUCUUGAUGGGUUUUCUAUAAAAACUCUUUCUUUCUAUCAGAAUUUACCAUUUUCUGCCAAAAUUUCAGCUUAGAUUAGAUUUUGUUCCCCCCUUCAAUGGUCGAAUAAGUCUCUGUAAAUACCAUCUAUGAACUCGAUUUUAUCAAUCAAUAACAAGUUCCCAAUCCACUUC